AGUCAUGACAUUAUCACACAUAAGUAGUCCAGAACCUAAACUCAAGCAGUCACAACGCUUGCAAACAUCAAACGGAAGAGAACAACGAUAAACCAAAGUGAAAUAUUUUCAAAGAAAAAUUUAGAAUUAACCAUAACCAAAAUAAAGCAGUGAUUAAAUCAGUGACGAAAGCUUUGAUAUUAAAAUGGAUGCAGAAAGAGCUCGUAUUGCUGGGGAUGCACCUUGGAAGAAAAUUCAACAAAAUACCUUCACACGUUGGGCCAAUGAACAUCUCAAGACGGCCAAUAGUUCAAUAGAAAAUCUGGGGACGGACUUCUCGGAUGGUCUAAGAUUGAUUGCCCUUGUAGAGGUGUUGUCCCAGAAACAUAUCCCAAAACACAAUAAAAAUCCAACUUUCCGCACCCAAAAAUUGGAGAAUGUAUCGAUUGCAUUGAAAUUUCUCCAGGGCGAGGAGGGCAUUAAAAUUGUUAAUAUUGAUUCUUCGGAUAUUGUUGAUGGCAAACUGAAACUGAUAAUGGGAUUAGUCUGGACACUUAUUAUUCACUAUUCGAUUUCGAUGCCAAAGUGGGAUGGUGAGGAUGAUCAGAUUAUAUCGGGAGCAACACCUAAGCAGCGCCUCUUGAACUGGAUACAAUCCAAGUUACCCGAUAUGCCCAUUAAGAAUUUCACCCAUGACUGGACAACAGGUAAGCCAGUGGGAGCUUUGGUGGAUGCCUGUGCUCCUGGCUUGUGUCCCGACUGGGAGCUGUGGGAUCCCAACGAUGCUGUGGCGAAUGCCACUGAAGCCAUGACUCUGGCCGAUGAUUGGCUUGAUGUGCGUCAGUUGAUCAAACCAGAGGAACUGGUUGAUCCCAAUGUGGAUGAGCAGUCCGUGAUGACAUACUUGUCCCAAUAUCCCAAUGCCAAGUUGAAGGAAGGUGCUCCACUGCGACCCAAAUCAGAUCCCAACAGUAUUUCUAGUCCUCCUUCGGUGGAUGGAGUGCGUGCAUAUGGACCUGGCAUUGAGCCUGAUGGUGUUGUGAUGGGCACAAACGUCAAGUUCACAGUGGAAACUCUCGCUGUGGGUCAAGGUGUUGUCGAUGUAGAUAUUGAGGAUGUGAACGGAGAUAUUGAGCAGGCGUAUGUGGAGUUCAACAAUGAUAUGAAUCUCACGUAUACGAUCUCUUAUAUGCCCAAGCUAGAGGGUCUGCACAAGGUCAUUGUCAGGUAUUCGGGUAUUGAAAUACCCAAUUCUCCAUUUUAUGUGCCAGUCGAGCGCCCUGCUGAGGAUUGUCUUAAGUUAAAGAAUUGUUAUGAUGAUUAUUUAGACCUACCUAUCGUUAAAAACACCGCUCAAAUAGAUCACUUAUUCGAAGGCAUGAGUUUUACGUUCAUCGGGCAAGUUGGCCUAAAGUGUGAUGUCUUUUCUAUCAACUUUGUUUAUCCGAAUGAGGCAGAGGAUAUCGCUCUUCAUAUAAAUCCGCGACUUUCUCGUGAAUUUAUUGUGCGUAAUACUAGAUUGAAUAAAGUUUGGGGUCCCGAAGAAGUCACAACACCAACUUCAUUUACACUCUCUCGCGGCAGUAGAUUUAAAAUUCAAGUGGUCGUCAACAGCGACUGCUACUUGAUAUUGAUAAACAAUCAACCAUUUGCUCAGUACAAACAUCGUCUGCCCUUUGAAGAUGUUAGAAUUUUACGGGUCGAUGGAGACGUGGAACUUUAUCAGAUUUAUCGCACCAUUGUCAAUGGGUAUCCCAGCCGUUUUCCGCAUUUCGGGCCUUCUGUUGGUGACUUAUAUGAACUACCUCUUGUCAAAAGUUGUGUAGCAAUUGACGAACUUUUUGAAGGCUAUAGUUUCAUCUUUUGUGGCAGAAUUGCCAGUAAUUGUAAUGAAUUCUCUAUUAAUUUUGUGUAUGACAAUGAGAAACGUGAUAUCGCUCUGCAUGUCGUGACACGACUUGAACAAAAAUCUAUAGUACGUAACACGAAACUAAAUGAUGUCUGGGUUCGUGAAGAGGCUUUCACAGAGCUUCCAUUCCUACUCAGACGAGGAGGCACUUUUACUAUUCAAGUGCUUGUAACGGCCGCCUGUUAUCUGAUAUCGAUAAAUGGCCAUCACUUGGCCCAGUUCACCCAUCGAUUGUCCUACGGAGCGGUUCGUUUCCUCGAAGUCUUGGGUGAGGUGGAAAAUGUACAAAUCUAUCGGACAAUGGUUUACGGUUAUCCAGUGCCCAUUAUGCCUACAGGCAGACAACGCUGUAUCGAGGAAGAAACCGAAGAAGAUAUAUGAUAUCAUAAACAGAACUAGAUUUGAUUUUAUUAAUUGUUUCUAAUAAAGAAUGAAAUUGA